GCGGGUGCUGGUGGAGCCGGCCCCGGCCGCAGGGGUGGCUGUGAUGAAAUUCAAGAACCCCCCAGUGAACAGCCUCAGCUUGGAGUUUCUCACAGAGCUCAUCAUCAGCCUGGAGAAGCUGCAGAAUGACAAGACCUUCCGGGGCGUCGUGCUGACUUCGGACUGCCCUGGCGUCUUCUCGGCUGGCCUGGACCUGAUGGAGAUGUGUGGCAGGAACCUGGCGCACUAUGCUGAGUACUGGAAGGCUGUGCAGGAGCUGUGGCUGCAGCUCUACCUUUCCAACCUGGUGCUGGUUGCUGCCAUCAACGGAGCCUCCCCUGCUGCAGGCUGCUUGAUGUCCCUCUCCUGCGACUACCGGGUCCUGGCUGACAACCCCAAGCAUGUCAUAGGACUGAACGAGACCCUGCUGGGCAUCGUCGCCCCCUUCUGGUUCAAAGACACCCUGGUGAACACCAUUGGGCAUCGAGCCACAGAACGUGCCCUGCAGCUGGGGCUGCUCUUCUCACCAGCAGAGGCCCUCCAGGUGGGCAUGGUGGACCAGGUGGUGCCUGAGGACCAGGUGCAGAGCACGGCACUCUCAGUGAUGGCCCAGUGGAUGGCUAUUCCGGACCACGCUCGACAGCUGACCAAGACCAUGAUGCGGAAGGCCACGGUGGACCAUCUCAUCAAGCAGCGCGAUGCAGACAUCCAGAACUUCGUCAGCUUUAUCUCCAGAGACUCCAUCCAGAAGUCCCUGCAGAUGUACUUAAAAAAUCUCAAACAAAAGAAAAGCUAAAGGCUAGGCUGCUGUGGAGGUUUUUAGCCAUGUAUGCCCUCUGGGUGCCCUCUGGUCCCAAGGGAGUUUUAAACAAGGUAUUUCUCAAUUUAAAAGUA